UGUACGCGCGGCCGUUAUUUUCUUUCCGGACGAUUUUGGGGCGUUUUCUUUCUCACCUGUGUGCAGCAGGUAUUUUUUCUUUCUUUUUUGGAGGGGGGGGGGGGGGAGGGAGUGUGGAGGAAUCCGUGGUUAUCCGCAGCACACUGGAUGAAGAAUCACUCCCCGGUUUCCUCAUGGCAAAAAGACUCAAUAAUGUGUGCCUAGCAUGGCUGUGGCUCCUGCACCGACCACCCAGGGACGGGUAUGUCUUUUAGCCGCAUCAGUAACCCGGACCCCCCGUCCCGAGGCAUCUUCAGGAAAGCGGCGGUCAUGCUGUGCUCCCUCCUCACCUCUCUCUUCCUCCUGCACUGCCUCGCCGACCGCUGCAGCACCUCGCCGGUUCAGGCGUCCUCCCGCCGGGCCGCGGGGCUCUUCCAGGACUCGAGGUCGCCGAGGACUAAAAGACCGGCGGCGUACGAAUGGACCGCCGGGUCGGAGCUGACGGGCCACGGGGCCGCCCGGCGCCCCUCGCGGGUCCUCGCGGAUGAGCGCGCGCGGCAGGUUUCCGAGCCGCUGGAGGAGUCUUUCAUCUUGCCGCCUCCGGAUUUAGUUUCCUCCAGGAGAGCGUCGCCCAGGUUCGCAGGUAAACUCAGUCCGCUCGGGGAGGGGAGCAAGAAGCUGCCCCAGGCUCUCAUCAUCGGGGUGAAGAAAGGAGGGACCCGGGCUCUGCUGGAGUUCCUCCGGGUGCACCCGGACAUCAGAGCCGUGGGAGCGGAGCCGCACUUCUUCGACCGCAACUACGAGAACGGGCUGGAGUGGUACAGGGAGCUGAUGCCCAAGACUCUGGAGGGCCAGAUCACCAUGGAGAAAACCCCCAGCUACUUUGUGACCAGAGAGGCUCCGGCCAGGAUCGCCGCCAUGUCCCGGGACACCAAGCUGAUCGUGGUCGUGAGGGACCCCGUCACCAGGGCCAUCUCGGACUACACGCAGACGCUGUCCAAGAAGCCCGACAUUCCCUCUUUCGAGAGCCUCACCUUCAAAAACAGGACUACGGGGCUCAUCGACACCUCGUGGAGCGCCAUCCAGAUCGGCAUCUACGCCAAGCACCUGGACAACUGGCUGCAGUACUUCCCCAUGGAGAAGAUCCUGUUCGUGAGCGGCGAGCGGCUGAUCAGCGACCCGGCCGGAGAGCUGGGCCGCGUGCAGGACUUCCUGGGGCUCAAGAGGAUCAUCACAGACAAACACUUUUACUUCAACCAGACCAAGGGUUUCCCGUGCCUCAAGAAGGCCGAGGGCAGCAGCAAGCCCCACUGCCUGGGCAAAACCAAAGGGCGGACCCACCCCAACAUUGACCCCGAGGUGGUGCAGAGGCUACGGGACUUCUACCGGCCCUUCAACAUGAAGUUCUACCAGAUGACGGGGCGCUUCUUUGGCUGGGAGGACUGAAUGUGUUUUACACUGAGGACUCUUAGAAUUACUGUCGCGGAGUAUUAGGACCACUCUACAGGGGGGAAAUUAUAUUUUCCAAAAAAGUCAUUAUCUUACAAGAGACCUGGCUCGUAUUACAAUUUUAAUGGAAUUAAAUUGUAAACUGUAAGAAAAACAAGUUUAAUAUUAUGUGAAAUCGGGUUUUGGCAAGCAAAGAAAGAUAUUUAUAGUAUUUAUGGAGGGACUGGCAAUGCUAAACUAAUUGUAUCAAGCAUAUGUAUUUUAUUUGGGUUCUUGAAAUCAUAACAUUUUUGCAUAAAAGUUCUAACUUAUUCUAUUCUAUUAUUAUUCUUACCUCAUACUUAUUAUAUGACUUUGCGAGACAUUAUUCUAGUCAAAUAUAAGAUUAAAAUGUAAGUAUUUAAUAGGGUUUGUUUUAAAUCCACAACAUAGUUCACAUAAUAUAUAAAUAUAUAUUCGAGAACAUAACAACCAACAUGUCACAGUAAGUAUUCGUAAAAGAUUUUCGCCAAAAUAUCUGAGAUUUUCUCAAAAUAUUGGAUUUUAUUCAUGAAAUAUUACAACUAUUUUCCUCCAAAUAAUAUGACUUCAACCCCCAAACAGUGUUUCUAGUACUCCGUCCUCAGCACUAACCCUAAGCAAUAUGUUACAGGAGAGAGGGAGGCUCCCAGAUAUGCAAUAUGUCAAAUGUUUUCAUUGUCAGAGCUGCCUCCACAAUCAUGGAGAUGUUUUCUUCUAAAAACAUGUCGAGUUGUUGAAGGAUCUGCGUCCCUGCACUAUCUGAAGUAUUCUCCCAGUUUGUAGUCCUCGGCCGCGACACAGAAAUGUUGUAUGCAGUGCUUCUUUACGAAGAUGGGUGACAUUGUUUCCAGGGGCUUUUGAUAAGUGUUUUAAUGCCAUAUUUUAAACAUACAUAGCUGCUUUCAAAUUUGAAAAUGUUUCUAGCAAAAAAAAGAUGAAAAUGAAAAUAUAUGUAUUUUUGAAAUCUAUUUAUUCGAGAAGUACACAAGCUACAUGUAUGUUGAAUAACUUUUUCUUUUCUUUUUUAAACUAAAAAACAUGUUAUCCUCAUUUUAAUUUCAGGUUUUUUUCCGUUCCGAACGUUGCGUUGCUCUCCGGUGUUGGGGACGCUCGUCUCCGCCUGGCUUCCGGGGCCGGAGCCGCGGGUUUGUUUUCUCUGAGGGUCGCUCGCCCACCUUCAGCUCACGAAGACAAGGCAAAGACAGCACUUGUUGUUAUUCAAGCAACGGCGACUCCUUCCCAAACUGUGACUCAAAUUUCCUCAACAUGCCUCCUCGAGAAUCGAAUCCACUUGAUGUCACUGGCCUUCCUUGCCUCGGGGCGGUGUGUGUGGGGAAGUGUUUUUAAACCCGGGGAGCCUGAGAACAAUGGCCGAGUUGUGUUCCUAAUUUCUGUCUACUUUGUAUUGUGAGCCACUUUCUGAAAGCAGAUGUGCCUCAAAAGACUCCAAACCAUGUUGUGUUUCGGUGUGAGCGUCAGAGAAGAACCUAAUAUAGAUUGUUUUGGUUGGGCGUGAGGGGGGGGGGGGGCUAUA